AUGAAAAAGAAAACCAAAAAGACUUUAAGCCAUCUAAAAACUGGACAUAGAAAAUCAAAUUCUAUUCUCGUCAACAUACGUUCAAAUCCUCAUUAUAUUGGAAAACGUCCAAGUAAACGUAAAAUUAUGAAAUUUUAUAAAGAUCUAUUAACAUUUUAUGAAGACGAAGAUACAACGAUUCAAAAGCCUAAAACUUCCAAGACGUUUCAAUCAAAAAAGACACUUAAUGUUGGCCAUGUUAAGAAAAUUACUAAAAAACAAACAACUAUUAAUAAAAGACAAGUAAAAAAUUCUGAUGCGUUAAUUUUGAAACGUAAAAAUCAAACUCGCAAUAAGACAAACGCUAAGAUAUCUACUAAAAACAAAUCAAAUUCAAUUAAUGUGGAAAUACCAUCCGAAGCUGUCAAACAUAUGAAUCCGAUUGUAUUGAUCGAAAGAAUUCCACAAGACAUUAUAGACUAUUAUAUGUCUAGUAAAAAAACUAAUGCAGACGAAAUAGUAAAUAAUUCUGGUGAACAAGAAAAUGUAAGAAUUAACAAUUCUGAAACCCACAAGAUGUAUCGAAAAAAGAAUAGAACUCCUGUCAUCNUUUUAUAUUAA